AGGUCUAUGAGCUUCCUCCUCCCACCCAUCUGGCUGUGCUUGCCAAGGCAGUGCUGUGAAUGAAACACAGAUUGCGUUUUGUAUAAAACAGGGGGGGUGGCAGCUUUUGUUUGGGAGGUACGAGUCUGUCUGGGAUCUGCGUCCUGUGGCCUUGCAGAAUGGUGCUGCUAGUGAAGGAGGGUAGGCAUCCCUCCUCAUUUCCACACUGCCGUCCCUCUUGUGUGUCCCAAGCACCUGCAGGCUGACUCCGGGCGCGUGUCUAUUUGCUUUCCCUCCUUCCACCCCACCAGCCUUCCGUUUUGUGCGUGUGUGUGUGUAGGGGAGGACGUGCUUUCCCUCCUGUCAACCCACUGCUGAACUCUCCCUGCGUGGGGCGGCGGGGGCUGCGGGUGGGAACGCAGCACCCCCACCUCCGGCUCCUCUAACCGCAGGGGAGCGGCGGAGGUGCCCGUUCCUCCACGAACACCUCGCCCUGGCCUCCAGGGAGCCCCGCACCCCUCUCACGGGCCGGUCCCGGGGCUCUGGCAGCGCCCGGGCGGCGCCGUUUGAGCCUCCGCGCUGCCCGUAGCCGGGCCGCCGCAGCCCUAAGAUGGCGGCGGCGCUGCGCGCGGGGGCGGGAGGUUGCCGGGACGCCCGCGGAGGACUUCAGUGAUUCUGGACCACUGUUACUGCAAUGAUAUUACAGAAGACAGCUGUUGCAUUGUAUUUGUUGGAUGAAACCCAAAUAUUUUCUUUCAGUCAAGUGGGUAAAACCCCCUAACUGCAGUUUACAUGUGUAGGUCACUGCGUUACUGUGUUAGUCAUUGUCUCUAUGCAGCAAUGACAAGGCUAGAAGAAGCAAACAGAGAAGUGAACAUGCAUUCAUCGGUCAGAUAUCUGGGCUAUCUUGCCAGAAUCAACUUACUGGUUGCUAUUUGCAUGGGCCUUUAUGUCAGAUGGGAAAAAACUGCAGAUGCACUGAUUUUGGUAAUAUUUAUUCUGGGACUCUUUGUUCUUGGAAUUGCCAGCAUACUCUACUACUAUUUUUCAAUGGAAACAGCAAGUUUGAGUCUCUCCAAUCUUUGGUUUGGCUUUUUGCUGGGCCUUCUCUGUUUUCUUAAUAAUUCUGCCUUCAAGAAUGAUGUGAAAGAAGAAGCAACUAAAUAUCUGCUCCUUUCCGCCAUUGUUUUAAGGGUAUUGUGUGCUUUGGUUGAGAGGAUUUGUGGUUGUAUCCAUCAUCGACCGACUCUGCUGACAACAGUUGAGUUUUUGGAGCUAGUUGGGUUUGCAAUUGCCAGCACAACUAUGCUGGUGGAAGAAUCUAUGAGUAUCAUUCUCUUGGUUAUUGCUUUGGCCGUGUUAAUUAUUGACUUACGUAUGAAGUCUUUUUUGGCAAUUCCAAAUUUGGCAAUUUUUGGAGCCAUUGCAUCCUUGCUUUUUUUUCCAUCACUGCACAUUCCCACAAACCCAUUUGCCUUGGCCUGUUUCUUCAGCUGCCUCAUUUCAGAUCCCCUUCUCGACGUUUACUUCAGUGGACUUUCUGUUACUGAACGAUGGAAGCCUUACCUGUACCGUGGGAAGAUUUGCAGAAGGCUUUCUGUCAUCUCAGUUGGAGUCAUUGAACUGAUCUUUUUCAUCCUUGCCGCCUUUAAGCUACGUGAUUUGGAUCUCUGGUAUUUUGUGAUACCUGGUUUUUCUAUUUUUGGAAUUUUUUGGAUGAUCUGUCAUGUGAUUUUUUUUAUAACUCUUUGGGGAUUUCACACAAAACUAAAUGACUGUCACAAGAUAUACUAUACCCACCGUGCAGAAAACAACAGCCUUGACAGAGUUAUGGCAUCCAAAGGAAUGCGUCACUUCUGUUUAAUUUCAGAACAGCUAGUGUUUUUCAGCCUUGUCGCAACUGCUGUUUUGGGGGCCGUUUCUUGGCAGCCAACCAAUGGGAUCUUCAUGAGUGCAUUUCUCAUUGUUUUGCCUCUGGAAUCCAUGGCUCAUGGGCUUUUUCAUGAAUUGGGAAACUGCCUGGGAGGAACGUGUGUUGGGUAUGCUGUUGUGAUUCCCACCAACUUUUGCAGUCCUGAUGGCCAGCCAACUCUUCUUCCACCUGAUCAUGUGCAAGAGUUAAACCUGAGGUCUACAGGCAUGCUUAAUGCCAUCCAAAGAUUUUUUGCGUAUCACAUGAUUGAGACAUACGGCUGUGACUACUCUACGAGUGGACUGUCCUUCGAUACCCUUCACUCCAAGAUCAAGUCUUUUCUUGAACUUCGGACUGCAGAUGGACCCAGACAUGAUACUUAUAUUUUAUAUUACAGUGGUCACUCACAUGGCACUGGUGAAUGGGCACUAGCAGGUGGCGAUGCUUUACGACUUGACACACUUUUGGAGUGGUGGAGAGAAAAGAACGGCACUUUUUGUUCCCGACUCAUCAUUGUUCUAGACUGUGAGAACUCUCAGCCUUGGGUUAAAGAAGUAAGGAAAGUAAACGACCAGUACAUCGCAGUGCAAGGAGCAGAAAUGGCCAAGGUUGUAGACGUUGAGGAAGCAGACCCUCCACAGCUUGGCGACUUCACCAGGCAAUGGGUUGAGUACAACUGUAACCCUGACAGCAACAUCAGCUGGUCUGAAAAGGGUCGUACAGUGAAAGCAGUGUAUGGUGUGUCAAAACACUGGAGUGACUACACUUUGCAUUUGCCAACGGGAAGCGAUAUUGCCAAACACUGGAUGAUUUAUUUCCCGCGUAUUACCUAUCCAUUAGUGCAUUUGGCAAACUGGUUUUGUGGUCUCAAUAUGUUUUGGGUCUGUAAAGCGUGUUUCAGGUGCCUGAAAAGAUUGAAAAUGAGUUGGUUUCUUCCCACAGUGCUGGACACAGGACAGGGUUUCAAACUCGUCAAAUCCUAAUUAGGAACCAAAGAGGAAAUGAAGUGAGAGCUCUGGGAACUUUCUCACUUUAAAGCAUUUGCAACUUUUUGUAUGACUAUUUUCUCUGAAUAAAUCUGCUACACUCACUUUGUUCAGCUCUUUGAGCAGCUAAAGUAUAUGCAACAGUUAGAAACUCCAGUCUUAAACAGAAGAGGCUAGGACUAUAAUAUUUGCGUUUUGUUACUGGACUGUAUGUACAUAUGUAAGAGACUUACUAUGACCAUGCAUUUUGGCGACAGUUGCAUGUUCAUAUGUGUUACUUCAAGCAGCCUUUGUUCAGAAUCACCAGUGUGACAGACAGGAGCUCCUAUGAAUAUUAGAGCAUGCUUAUUUGUCAUUUAUAUCCCCUAUAAGGUUCAAAUACGGGAAGGGAAACAAGCUAAUCUUGAAAUCAAUAUUUAUGUCCUUGAAAUUGUUUGGUGGGAUCAAGGCUAUUAUAAAAUAGCACUGAGGCAAAAAUUAAAAGAGAAGAAUGAAUAGUCAUUGUAGAUAAGUAGCUACCAGGAAUCUUGUUUUAUUUGCUUUUGCAUCUUCAGCUCUUGCCUCGUUCUCUACUUCCAUCAGUGGAAAUUUGCCACAGAAAACAAGGAAAUCAGACAAUAUUGUAAUGUUCUGAUGGAGUUAAAAGUGCACUGAGAGGUUUUUUCCUCACUGGUCAGGGUGGUUCUGUCUUUUUCAGGCUCUUAUCUGUUUGUAUUUUUGAAAAGCUACUCUGAAGUGAAAAACAGCAACAACAAAAAAAAAACAAGGAAUUUAAGUAAGAAACUAGUCUAUUGAUAAAAAAUAAGAAAUACAAAUGCUGCUUUGCUUCCACAUUUAUCUGAAGUCUUUGCUGUGCCUAAGACCUCAGUCCUGUAAAAUGUUGAGUCUGGGAUUAGACAGAUGGGUUCACCUCCAAAAGUAUUAAAUCUAUGAGCAAGCAGUUUGUCAGAAAAAUUAUUCCCAUAAGCCAGCACUGAAUCCUAAAUGUUCUUCAACUCUGUUCUCCCAGCCACAAGGUCCUGGUCUUAGUCCUUCAGUUACAGAGUUGGAUGGGACUCUGGAAAUCUUGUCUUGGUACUCUUCAGUCAGAGAAGCUGCGUAGCUUUUUUUGUCUUGUUUGCCCAAAUACUGUAAGUAAGUCAGAAGCUAAAUAACUAAGCCGCCAAGGUAGCACGCUUUGUGGUGUUGCACACGUGUACAAUCCAAACAUUUGAAAAAUCAAGAAAUUAGUCCUUUUUAUUUUUGAAAAAGUUUAGAACAUCAAUCAUAACACUUCUUGCUAACUACAACGGGUACAUCUUGUUCUCUUGCUUCUACUGUUACAUCUUUAUGAACGUUGCCUGUAUCUUUGUACGACAAGAGGAACUGAAAAGCGUGGGAUUUCUGACCUAUGCUGGGAACUGUAAGUAGACUAAAGUGAAAAUCUGCUCUGCAGUGUCGUGAUACACAGUUUUGUACAGAACAAACACAACAUUUGGUGCUGAACUUUUGCCUCAGUUUAUUAAAUGGUUUCCAGCAUAUUUAUUAAACUGUUAGGUUUUUCUGUAGGAUAGACUGUGUGAUCUUUAGCAGUUUGUUAAAAAUUAAAUGAAGAGUCAGCUCUUCAAUCUGCAAAAAGAUUAUUUGCAAAACCAGUCAUGUGUUUUCAGAUUUGUUUCAGUUUUCACAAUUAACUCUAGUUUUCUGAAUUUGUAAUAAUAUUAACAUUAACUAAGGUUAUACCUACUUUUGAUUUUAUUUUUUAAAGCAAAGGCAUGGUGAAAAUGCCUUUUUAAUCUAAAGUAUAUGUUUACAGCCAUUGAAAACUGUGAGGCCUUUUUGGACAAAGAGACUGUAUUUUGUCUUUCAAAAUCCAGGGUGUAGGAUGAUGAGCCUCAGGAAUUCAGCAGUAUUAAUUCACCACUUCUACACUAAUUAAUAUCAAGACAUCCUACCAUGGCCCAUGUUCCCAGGCAAGGACCAAGUGAAGGCAGAACUCUCCUCUGGCGCCUGGUACUCAAGCAAUUCCACGGGUCUCUGCCUGGCUCAGCCCCACGUGCACAUUGUGGGAGACAAUGCACCAGAAGCUCCUCAUGGCAGUGAGGGAUUAUCCCUCUGCUGUGCUCUGUAUGAAAUAGAGGCAAAGCCUGAAAGAGAAAUUUAGACCUAAUUCCAAAGAAUGUUACAUAUGCUAUCAUUGACAUGCGAGUUACGCUUGAGACGCUCAAGAAUUUAUUAUAUGGAUUUAUAUAUAUGGAUUGAGAAGGGUAGCUUGAGGUCUAAACUUUUUUCUUUUUUUUUCCAAGAUGCUUGUCUGUACUGUACAUUCAGAAAUUGUUAUAAAGGUUGCUAUAAAUUUAUAUCAAUUUUAUGUUGACUUUCUUUCAUUUACUUCCCAUACAUUAUCAACCUUGCUGAAACAUGCAAAAGCAUUAAGUCCUACAAACUUUUGUCUUUAAAAGAAAUUCAAAUUGCAAAUUCACAGUAAUGUUUUUCUCUGAACAGUAUGGGAAUAAAAGCCAUCUUCUUAAUUUUUGCACUACCAGAGUUAAGUAUUUGCUGUUCAUUAUGCUUUGCAUGCCUUGUGAUUGUUGUUGUCUGGCCUUCAGUUUUUCCUAGAAACUUCAUCAGUUUUAUUAAGCUUUCCCUUUAUUUUGCAAAAGACAUAAUUAAUGCUAUGCUAGCUGUAAGCAUCUAUGGUGUCAGCAGUGGACAAUGUAACUGGGUUAAAUUUCUUGUAUACAAAUACCUUUCUGGGGGAAGAUUUUUUACUGGAGAUACUGUUUUUAAAUCUGUAAAUAGAUUUUUUUGUGUAUUUGUGAUAUUGCUUAAAUAUAUUUUGCUGUUUUGGAUGCUCA